CUAAAACAAUCUGCAAAAAAUCUUUGUUCAUUAAAUUUAUCUUUUUGCUCAUUAACAGAAAUGACCUGUAGUUUAUUACCUGAUUUCGUUGCUGAAUGCAUUUUACUGAAAGAAAUCAAUUUCAGGUUUAACACUCGAUUUAGCGAAGAUUUCAAGAAAAUAUGCAAUGGAUUACAAUUGUCAUCUAUGUCUCUUUUAUCAAUUGAUUUUUCAUUUUGUUGCUUAAAUAGUCAACAAAUUUGCUAUUUAAGCAAUUUACUUUCAAACUGUACUCAACUGCAAAAUAUUCAAUUGGCAAACAAUGCUAUGUCUGAUGAAGUAUUUCAAAUAUUAUGCAAUAGUUUAAAAUCAUCAUCUGCUAGUCUAUUAACAAUUAAUUUUUCCCAUUGUAGCAUUGAUGACAGUCAAGCUUAUCAUUUAUAUGAUUUACUCAAAGAAUGUAGGUCACUGGAAACAUUCCUCUUGUCAGGAAAUAAUAAAUUAGCAGAUGGAUUUGAGAUGAUAUGUAAUGGAUUGAAAGUAUCAUCUCAAUCUCUUCAAAAUAUUAACUUUAAUGGAAUUUCUGUUCCAAUAGUUGAAAAUGAAAAUGUCUACCUAAAUUGUUUGGUUAGGGAAUGUCUUUCAUUAAGAGAGAUCACUCUUCCAAAAAAUGUUAAAAGUUAUCUAUUAAUUGAUCAUUUCAAAUCAUCAUCACCUCUAAUCAACAAUGAAUUUUCUGACAAUAGAUCAAAAUGCAAUUUCAAUCGUGAUAAUAAUCUUUCAGCUAUUGAUUUUAAAAGGAUUUGCAAUAGAUUCAAAUUAUCAAUCAAUAAUCUUGUAUCUAUUAAUUUCUCUUUCUGUUGUCGAUUGAAGAAUCUAUUUAGUCAUUUUGCUGAUUUUGUCAAGGAGUGUACUUUUCUGCAAAAAAUUAAUAUUAGUGGAAUAUUUAACUUUGGUGAUAAUUUUAAAAGAAUAUGCAGUAGUUUAAAAUCAUCUUCCAAAACUCUGCUAUCAAUUGAUGUAUCAAGCUGUGAUUUAGAUUCAGAACAAUGCAAUCAUUUCAGUGAUUUACUAGCUGAAUGUACUCAAUUGAAAGGAAUAAAUUUAAGUGGUAAUAUUAACUGUGGAGAUGGUUUUCUUAUAAUAUGCAAUGCAUUGAAAUUAUCAUCUAAAACUCUUGAAUAUAUUGAUGUUCUCUAUUGUGGGUUGAAUGAAAAACAAGGAAACUCUUUAGCUGAUUUACUCAAACAAUGUAAUUCACUUAGAGAUUUUUCACUUAUUUAUAAUUUGAAAAUUUCUAAAGCAUUUGAGAAAAUGUGCCAAGGAUUAUUAUCAUCUUCUCAUUCUCUUUUAAGUAUCAAUCUUCAAAAUUACUGUUUAAAUGGGGAACAGAAUGAGAAUUUAACUAUUUUACUUGGAGAAUGUAAAUCAUUACAAAAAGUAAUUAUAAUUGGUGAUAGAUGUUUUACAACUCAAUUUAAAGAUAUCUUUAAAGGAUUGCAAAUAUCUAGAAAACAUAUUUCACAAAUUCAACUUGGACCAUUAGAUAUUGACAAUGCAACUCAUCUGGAUUUUAUUAUUGAAACAAUACCAGGUUUUCCAUCAUUGAAGGCCAUUCGUCUAACUUUUAAUGUUGAUAAUUUUGAUUCCAUUGAUGUGAAUUUAUCAAGAUGCUUAAAUAACACACAUGACUCAAUUAUUGAGGAAUUACGUAAUGUUAUUGAAGAGAAAUUGCCAUGUUUCACAAAAGUACAAAUUUAUGAAGUAAAUGAUUUUUAGAUUGGUUUCCUUAAUAGAAAAAAUGUGGUGUUAAAGUUACUCAGUCUCUGUAUGUACAUUUUUCAGAAAUGUUUUCUGUGCAUUGUGUGCUUAUUGUGCUAUGUGAAAGUAGGUCAACAGGUCAUAUCAACAAG